UAAGAACAGAUGUGUUUGACAUUGGCUUGUUAUUGAAUUUUAUGAUUUAAACUUUUGAACGGAAAAAAUCGUUAGGAUUUAAGAGUUUUUUAAUAUUUAUAUUAUUAGAAUUCAUAUUACGAAUUUUAUUUUAAAUAGUAUAUUGUCGGUAUCUCUAUAUUUAAUUGCCUAGGAUAAUUCGUCGAUCUUUGGAUCUUAUUAAAAAAAAACUGUUAGUAAACCUAAAAAGUUAUUAGCUUACAAAAACCACAGAAGGGAAUCCAAUUAGUUUAACUAUUUAUGCUUUCCACUUGUUCACCAUGUCUGCAGAAGUCCUGACACAAUCUUUGUACCCACCCUCAUAUUUAGAACCCUUUGAAAAGAGUAGAAUUAAACUGAUUUACAAGAAACUGUAUCAAGAAAGUGAUAUUAUUAUCAAGACAAAAGCACCCUGUAUACAACAAGACAGCAAUGAUUCUGUAAACGGCAAUGACCUUACUGGAGAUCCUCUUAAAAUUGACUUAGGUGGUGAUGAAAGUAUUGAAGUCAUGCCCGUAGAGGAGGUGAUGUGCAGUACAUGGACAUUAGGAGAAAAUUCACAUUAUCCAUUGUCUGUUACUGAAGCUAGAAGUGAAAUAAAUAAAAGGCUUAAAGUAAGCAAACAGGAAGAUUCACUACCAAUUUAUAGUAUAUGUAGUGCAGAUGACAGCAAGAAAACUAUAAUUUUCGGUGCAAAUCCCAAGGAUUUUAUGUCUUGUUCUAUUCAUAUGGCCGGAAUUCUUCCACAUAGUGAGGUUGAGAAAAAAAUACCAGAAAUGGUUGAGGAUCAUUUAGGCAAUUGUUUUAAUAAAAAUAAAGAGAUUGACUACAGAGUCCAAAUUGUGUACGAUGUAUUCAGUGAAAACUCAAGCAAACGUCAAGUAAAAGCAGAAGUAGUGACUUUAGUAAAUGUCUUUGAUAUUGCGAAAGCAGUUGAAGCAGAAAUGAAUUUGAACUUGGAAAUCACUGUAGGAAACGAGUUUUCAAGUUUAGCAAGUUUAUGGAGUGAAAUGGCCAUGUUACAAUCUUUAGUAGAUAUUUUAUGUGACAGUGAUUUAAGAACUCAUGAAGAAACUUUGAUAUGUAAAGUUCCAAUGAGCGCAGAGGCAAUUUUAAACUAUUUGAUGGAGCUGUUUUCUUCCAAAUUUAUAAAGGAAGAACAGAUAAAGGAAGAGAAGAAAGAAAUUGAUUUGAAUACAUUAAGACCUGCAGAUUUUUUGGAUGAAUUAUGGAAGAUUUUGAGUUGUUGUGAAAAUCUUGGAAUCUUAAGAUGUAGCUUAAAUUUCCUAUUCGAAGAGUUAACUGAGAGAAGAAUCCGGAUUUUGCCGAUAAAAGAGGAUUUUUCAAACGUCACCAAAAUAAUAAAAGGCAUUCUACAAGGAAAAUUAGGGCCACCAACGGUAUCUCUUUCUGAAGCUGCUGAGUUUUUAUUUGAACUAGGAGCGCAAAAGUUACAAUAUGAUUUUCAAACUAUUUUGUCUUACUAUCUUCCCCAAAUGAAACAUUCCAUUAAUGAGGUUUGGAGUGCGUUUUGCCAAACUACUCAAAAGGAUAUAAGAAAGACCAGAAUGACCCGAGCAGUCAGACCAACUGACUGCAUUGAUUCGGAAAGUAUCAAUGUAAAGUUGCGUCAGAUGGCCUUUCUGUCGCAGUUAAACGUUGCUGCUGAGUUUAUAUUUCUUGUAAAAAGAGUAAACUUGAUUAAUGAAGAUUUUCGAAAGUUCUGUCGGCACCUUGAGAAAGAAUUCGUUUACAGCAGUAAUAACUUAAGAGCCUUUUGUGAUAUUUAUGAGAAUCCGGUGCACAAAAUGUCAUUUACCGUGGGGACAAAAAAUCUUUCUGUAGUAGCAAAUUUGCUCCCCUCUCGCUGGACCCUUUAUAUGAAAUCUGGAAAAUAUUCAACGAUUUAUGAUCUUUCCAACUCGGCACCAUUUCCUCCUUCAAUUUUCGACUAUGAUGCCUUAGAUACUGCUAACAUACAGGAGUCAAUUUACUAUGUAACUAAAAUGUAUAGGUCUGUUGGAUUAUUCUGAAACAAAUUACGAUAAAAUAUUUAAGCUAGUUUAGUUAUGUUAAAUGCAUUGAUUUUUCAUCAAUAAAUAAAAAGCAUACGAAAUAUAAA